AUGGAAGUAGACACUCUCUAUGACCUGCUGGGAGCGGCGGGGGAAGUAGGCAUCGUGACCAACGGCCUGGGCACGGUCAGAGCAGACAGACGGGCUCGUGCCAAAGCCCUGUCUCUAGCCAAGGCCGUAGCUUCAGUGUCACCACUAUCUCAGCCCCGGCCCCAGUGGCCAAGUGUGCAUGGAGCCGAAUUCGGCCAACUGCCCGACAACAUUACAGUGCUGGAAGGAGAGAGCGUCAUUCUGAGGUGUAAAAUCGACGAGGACGUGACCCACAAGGCGUGGUUGAACCGCUCAAACAUCCUGUUUGCGGGGACAGACAAGUGGUCGCUGGACAGACGGGUGUCGCUGGUCAACAGUAACACUAGUGACUUCUCCAUCCAGAUAGAGAAAGUGGAGGUAGCUGACGAGGGGCUGUACACCUGCAGCUUCCAGGCCAGCAACAAACCCCGCAUAGCCCACGUCUUCCUCAUCGUCCAAGUGCCAGCCAGAAUCGUCAACAUCUCCCAAGACGUGUCAGUGAACGAGGGGGGCAACGUAUACCUCUUCUGUCUGGCGGUGGGACGACCUGAACCCACUGUCACCUGGAAGGAGAACAAAUAUGGUCUAAUGAGUGAGGGGGAGUUCCUGGACAUAACAGAGAUCAAGCGACAUCAGGCGGAGGAGUUUGAGUGCAUCACCAACAACGGAGUGACGCAGCCCGACAUACGCAAGGUCAAGGUCACCGUCAACUACCCUCCCAUGAUCACAGACGUGAAGAACAUGCCAGCCCAGCUUGGCAAGACGGCCAUUUUGCGCUGUGAGGCCAUGGCAGUACCUACGGCCUCCUUUGAGUGGUACAGAGACGACCGCAGGCCAGUAGAGAGCGAUAACACUCUGAGGAUCAAGAACGAGAAGACGCGUUCACUGCUUCUCUUUACCAACGUGACGGACAAACACUUUGGCAACUACACCUGUUUAGCCUCCAACAGGCUGGGAGCCUCCAACGCCAGCAUGCUGCUCUUCCGGCCGGGAGCCGUGUACGGGCGAGGUGUGGCCCUCAACGUGGGGGUGAGUGCGGGCAUCGGCUUCUGGCUCUGCCUCUCUGUCUCUCUCCUGAUGAAGGUCUAAGAGCUUUUCCCGGAAGUCACAUCCCGCCUGUGGAAGGAAGAAGGAAUUUCUUUAAUUACGAACCCAUCACUGUGAAACAAAAAUAAUAUGCAUUAUCCCAGGAGCCAUUGACGCAUCGCAUCACAUACCCACACCAACUCCCCCCUAUUCCUCACCCCACAACCUCUCCCCUCGCUACCUAUAUCGCCACCAUCACCGUACCACUCUCUCUCUUCAUCCUGUUUCCAAUGAGGGUCACCAUGGUGAUAUCUAUAAUGUGUUUGUUGAGGAUGAUAAUUGUGAUGAUGAUAAUAUUUAGAAAAAAGAUAUUUAACACCAGGAUGAUACUAUUAUAAAUCUAAAUGAUGACUGAUCUACACUACUGUUGGUCUCAUGGACAUUUUGGAAACUAGGAGUAACAACACUACUAUUUACGGUUGGAACUACUCUAUAAUAACGAUGAUUAGUUAUUAUGAUGAGGGUCAGGUGACCUUGUUGAAAGCUGUCCAUUGGCCCGUUGGCCGUGUGACAUUUGACCCUAUGAUCAAGUACCGUUUUAUUCCAUUUUUAACCGUGUGGCAGUGUAUAUGACGCGGCUGCUACGAAUGAUGUCAAAACACACACAAAGGGUGGGCGGUGGGGGUUCUUUAUAGUCUUUGCCCUUCUAGUGCAUCCUUUUGGGAUCUCAACCAAGACAAAGCACGUGAGAAGACACCCUAACCCUCCCCCCCACCACUCAUCCCCCACCCCUCGUCCUCCCCGUCUGUCCCCCCUCCAUUGCUAAAGUGGUUUGUGCUCUGUCCCGUGUGUAAAUAUAAUGCAGUACAGAGGCCAUGCCAUGACUAGAUGCAGUCUAUCCACCCCCAA